GGGGAGAGACAUCGGGUCAUGGAAAUAAUAAAAGAAACUCGAGACUGAUUAUCCGACAUUGCCGGAUUUCCGAAUUCUCCAAAUUUCCCUCCUGCAAACUGCCAUUUUACAUUCUGAAAUAGUUCAUCCGUGCUGCUCAUCGUUUGUCGUGCAACGGCGCAGAUCCACGCAGCAUCGCUUGUGUUGUUAUGUAUUUUUGUUGCAUAAAAAUGGUGGUUAUCAGCUGAUGCGUAAACUCGAUACACUCUUGAUGAACUCUCAUAUUAAUCAAAACAAUUGAGUCGCGACGACAGGAGCACAAGCCAGUAUCUAAUGGGUGAUUGUUACCUCAAAAGACUCGAGUUGUUUUACACCGCGCCAUAUUAUUUGCCGCUAAUAUUCGUAAAAUAACAAUUUUUGGAAAAACGGGUGUUCAAACUGACGUCACAACGUUCCCUAUCGACAUCCGCUACCUGUGACCUGCGUUCAUUGAAUUAAUUUCGAUGAUGGGAGGAGCCCUUACUAUUGGCCAGAGCAAUGACGACUUGGUCGAGUAUUUAUUGGAAACUGGCUAUAUCCGGAGAAAGGAGAUCGAAGUUGUUUUCAGAGCUGUGGAUCGCGCCAGUUACUUGCUUCCUUCACACCAGGAAAGUGCGUACAAAGAUCUUGCCUGGAAACAUGGGAACCUCCACUUGUCUGCACCUUGUGUCUAUGGAGUAGCGAUGGAGUACCUUUCUCUCCAACCUGGGCAGAGCUUUUUAAAUAUCGGUAGCGGCACUGGAUACUUGAGCACAAUGGCUGGCCUGUUAUUAGGACCCUAUGGCAUUAAUCAUGGCAUCGAAUUGCAUGAAGACUGUCUUCAAUAUGCUUAUGAGCAAUUGGAAAAAUUCAAACUGUACUCACGUACGCUUGAAGAAUUUGAUUUCUGUGAGCCUUCGUUCGUACAAGGUAAUUGUCUGCGCGUUACACCGGGAAAAGAAUAUGAUGCGGUUUACUGUGGAGCGGCAGUUUCUGAUAGUAACAUAGAUGCGAUUAAACGAUUUGUACGAGUUGGAGGAUUGGUCGUGAUGCCUUACAAGGGUCAUCUAUGUUGUUUCACGAGGACUAGCGAGAACGUCUGGGCAUGUAAAAAAUCCUUGGGGGUAUCGUUUGCAACACUGAUCGUACCUGAUCCAGCGGACCAGAAUUCAAUCACUCUGCCUGACAGUGAACCUAUGUCCCUCCAGGAACUAUGUAGAAGUAUAGUGAGACAUAGAUUGCGUGAAAACAUUUGGGAAGAGUUUCCGGAACUCGAUAGGCGAAAUAUGAAUACUUCACUUCAUCCAUCACGAAAUGAUUCUUAUUGUCCAAUGUCCAACGAAAUAAUGUGGGAUGACGACGACUAUGAGGACGAUGAAGAAGAGGAGGAUGAGGACGACAACGAAGACGACGAAAACAUCGAUGACGACGAUGAGGGUGAAGGCCCUGUGUGGGACGUAGAUUUUAUAGGACGACCACGCUUUAUUUUCAACAUGGAGGUCGAGUCUGAGCCCACGAGUAACCCGCUACAACUCGAUAGAGUCGCGAUGCUCUUGCAGCAGAGAACUGCCGCCGUAGGUCGGCGAGUUGGUGCUACUCUAGAUAGAAUAGUGGAGGAGAAAUGGAACGGUGAUGCUCCGGCAGACAUUGGAAGCCCGAGUACCAACUUGGAACAGGACGAGAGUUCCGGUAUGGCUGAGAACCAAGGCACAGAUGCUGUCACUGUUGAUAGCAGCAGGAGUGAGGCUUUUUGUAGCCAGGGAAAACAGUCCGAUGAGCGUACCGCACGCCGCAGCGAGAGCGAUACCGAAAGCGAUAACUUGGAACAGGACGAGAGUUCCGGUAUGGCUGAGAACCAAGGCACAGAUGCUGUCACUGUUGAUAGCAGCAGGAGUGAGGCUUUUUGUAGCUGGGGAAAACAGUCCGAUGAGCGUACCGCACGCCUCAGCGAGAGCGAUACCGAAAGCGACAGCGAAGAUGAGGUACCGAUACAGUGGAAGCAGAUCGCAAAACGGGAUAAUUCGGACAGCGGCAUAAUCGCGGACAUCAAUAACUGCUUCGACGACAGUAGCUCGAGCUGGAGCGCUGUCCACUCGUACUCAGAGGUCGAUGACUACAGCAUGGACGUAGACUUGUCGACUGUUGCGCCGAGCAAAACUUACGAAAAAGCUUACAGUGAGCACAAGUCCGAUAAGCCGAUCUCCGUUCGGUCCCGUUUGUUUAUUAAUUGCUUUAAGGAAAAGAUACAGAUGCUACCGUUGCCGGAAACAAUGAAGAUGUACAUAAACUAUCAUCGAAAGCUGUAAAUAAUAACUGUCAACUAUCGCCAUUAUUUGAAUACUAUAUCAUAUUAUAUAUAUUAGGGUGGUCCUUAUUUUGGGUAAGUCGGAAUUUCAAACCUCUCACCCCUUGCAUAUCUCCCAUUUGCCAGAAAAAAAAUGUGUGCAAAGUUUAAGCCCAAUCGGACAACGUUUACCCGUGGCCCAAGAGGGUCAAAGUUUAAUAUUGGAGCCAAAUGGUAAAAACGAGCUUGAAGGCCUUUAUUUAAGUAGACCAGCGAAAAAAAAUCGUAGCAAGCUAUAAUCCACAAGAUUUCUAACUAAAUUCACAACUAAUUGAAUGUACUGAUACCGAGUUCUGCCAAAAAUUUCUAUGUCGAGUUGUAGAUGUACGUAUGUUGUAGAAUCUACGUAUUUACAUCGUACAUUACAUUUACGAGUUGUAGAUGUACGUAUUUGUAGAUGUACGUAUGUUGUAGAAUCUACGUAUUUACAUCUACAACUCGACAUAGAAAUUUUUGGCGGAACUCGGUAUCAGUACAUUCAAUUAGUUGUGAAUUUAGUUAGAAAUCUUGUGGAUUAUAGCCUGCUACGAUUUUUUUUCGCUGGUCUACAUAAAAUAAGGCCUUCAAGCUCGUUUUUAUCAUUUGGCUCCAAUAUUAAACUUUGACCCUCUUGGGCCACGGGUAAACGUUGUCCGAUUGGGCUUAAACUUUGCACACAUUUUUUUUUUUUGGCAAAUGAGAGAUAUGCAAGGGGUGAGAGGUUUGAAAUUCCGACUCACCCAAAAUAAGGACCACCCUAAUAUAUAUAUUAUCUUUGAAUACUC